CCUCAAAGAUGGGCUGUGUUCGGGUGAAAUAAAACAAACUCCAAGUUACUUUAGGUCAUGGUCUUUACCACAGUAAUAAAAGCUAAAUAGGAGAGAAAUGCCUACAGGAGGGGACCAAAGUAGAGACAAAGACACCUGUUUAGAAGUUCUGCAGCUCUUUUAACGGCAGCGUCUUUAAUAAAGGUGAUGACAUAAGAAAUUGGGAGAAGUGGGGCACCCAGAAACUGGAAUCUAAGAGAACGGAUGACAAAAAGGCGUCUGCUUGAAACAGAGACCGUGGAAAACAGAAGGAAGAAAAUACACUUAAUUUGCUCCUGGACGCGAACCGCCCCUUCUCUUUGAAUGCUCUAUAUUAUAAGAGACAGCAGUUUAGAAGUGAGGUCCGCCCACUGAAAUCCGGGAACUUUUAUUUAAAGCGGGAGGGCGUCAGCGGAGGUUGCAACGAUGAACACAGGUACUUCCGGUUGCUACGGAAGUGGGACUUCGUACUCUUCCAAGCUCCUCCCUCAGCGGCCGGGCAGAGUGACAGGAUGGCCAGGCGGACGGCGCCGCUGCUGCUGCUAACCUUGGCAGUGGGACUCGCAGGGAGUUCCCAGGGCGACCGCGAGCCGGUGUACCGCGACUGCGUGCUGCGGUGCGAGGAACGGAACUGUUCGGGGGACGCACUGAAGCACUUCCGCUCCCGCCAGCCAAUCUACAUGAGCCUAGCUGGCUGGACUUGUCGGGACGACUGCAAGUAUGAGUGUAUGUGGCUCACUGUUGGUCUCUAUCUUCAGGAGGGCUACAGAGUGCCUCAGUUCCAUGGCAAGGUGUCUCUCAAUGCUUGGUUCUGGUCCACAGUCUUCCAUACCAGGGACACUGACCUCACAGAGAAGAUGGACUACUUCUGUGCUUCAGCCGUCAUCCUGCAUUCUGUUUACCUGUGCUGUGUCAGGACCGUGGGACUGCAGCACCCGACCGUGGCCAGUGCCUUCGGUGCCCUGCUGCUGCUGCUGCUGACAGGACACAUCUCCUACCUGAGCCUUGUCCAUUUCGACUACGGCUACAAUAUGAUGGCCAAUGUGGCUAUAGGCCUGGUGAAUCUGGCGUGGUGGCUGGUCUGGUGCCUACGGAACCACCGGCGCCUACCUCACACCCGCAGGUGUAUGGUGGUGGUGGUGCUGCUGCAGGGGCUGUCCCUGCUGGAGCUGCUCGACUUCCCUCCCCUCUUCUGGGUGCUGGAUGCUCAUGCCAUCUGGCACAUCAGCACCAUCCCCGUCCACACCCUCUUCUUCAGAUUUCUGGAAGACGACAGCCUAUACCUACUGAAGGAAUCUGAAGCUAUGUUCAAGCUGGACUAGAGAGGCCAGGAGGGAGUGGCUCUGCCUCAUCCCCGAGGCUUUUCCCUUCUCCCCCUGAGAGGAAUGGUUUUUCUCCUUUUAGCUUCUUGAACUUGACCAUGUGAGGUUUGGACCUGAAAGCCUGUAGCUACCUGGCCAUUGCUGGCCCUCACGUGGAACCUGUCUUGGGAGCUGCUACCUCAUGUCUGGGACAGGGAAGAGGCAGCUAUCCCGUACCUGGGGCUAAACUGAGACCGUGUUUUGAGGUCUACAGAGAGGACUGCUUUUGUGUCCUCAACCUCCACCCCCCUUUCCACCUCACUCGUCCCCAUAGCACCACCCUGCGUACCUCCACUUGCCCCCAAAACCACACCCGCAGGCCUUUGGGUACACUGGGAUCUCUUUUUGUCAGGGCACCACUAGGUGGCACUGGAUGCCUGCUCCUCAGCUGCCCAAGUUUCUCUCUGGGUCUGAGGAACUGGGCUGCUGCGGGGAGGACUAAGGGUUUCUGCCCUGCCUCCUACAACCUGUAAGUCUCGACUUCAGGGCCAGGACCCUAGAAAGCUCAGGAUGAGAACCCAGUCUGCUGUUCUGGUUGGGAGUGGGCACAUUGACACAUAGAGGGAUAUGGGCCAAGCCAGGAGCAGGUGACCAGAUAGUCAGUGAGCUGGAGGAUUGUGGGCCUUCACUUAGAGUGUACAGCGUGGGUGUGUGUUCAGGGGGCGGGUGGUUUGGGGAAGGUAUGUGUAAGAGACGAACAUGCACGGAACACGCUGGUAGGAGGCUGAAGCAGAACAGGGGGAUCAAGUCAUCAUCAACAGUCACUUGAGCUCCAAGUCGGCCCCAGGCCCCAAGGCCAUCCUGCUGCUAGUAUCUGCACAUGACUUUGGGAUGCUGGGUGUGGGUGUGGGUGCCUGCCCGUGCCCCUUUGUACCCCACAUAAAGCACACACCUCCCCCCACAUGUCUUGAGAGCACCUUGAGAACUAGCCCCUGGAAGGCAGAGAGAGGGGAAGAGUGCCCCGCCUGCUAUUCCUUUAUCUUGGGAUGGUGGAUCUCCCACCUCAGUUCCCUACUAUAGAACUUUGUCAGAGCCGGACUCUCCCGGGGCAAUCUCAGGGCAAGCAGAACCCAUCCAGCCUGCAUCCUGCACCAGCCCCGUCAGGAAGGCUGUCUGCCCCUGCCCUCUGCCCCCCUUUGUGGGGGAGGACAGCCAUGCCAGGGAUCUAGCUCAGGUACUUGGGCAGCCUAUUAGGGUUUUUGGUUUUGUUGUUUUAUACUAAAAACAAUUUUAAGGCCAGAGGCAGGAAAGGACAGACUUAAUAAAGUAAUUCCUGGCCUCA